UUCUUAUUCACAGAUAAGCUCAAUAUUUUUGCUAUUGUAAACUUGUCAUUUUAAUGAAGGAAAUGCGUAAAACCACCAAAGAAGAUAUGGACAUCAAGCACAGCAAUUCCGUAUAAAAGUCAAUCCUGUCAAGCCUAUAAAGCAUAGGUAGAAUGAAUGGAACGAUAGGAAGAAGUUUCAACUUAUGCCGGACACUUCUAUAAGUUUCUCAGUAAAAAGCCAGCAAAGCAAGUCAAUUUCUUUAGCUGGGCGCAGAGGUGUGAAACGAACUCUUAUAUUUUAUAAACAUAGGCAAAAAUUUGAAAAAUUUCAAUAAUAUAAUGGAAAAAAUUAAACAUAUUAUCAUCAUGAAGUCGAGUAAGAUUCGCUCUCUCCCCAUUUUCCUACUGCUCAUCCUGAUAGCAGGCACUACAGUAAACAGCUUAUCGCCCGAAGAAUUCAAGCGGUUAUACGAGCAGUCAGACGGAUCCCAGAUAGAGAGGAGACCUAAUACGAGAGAAAAAACAAUAUAUGGCUACAUUGCCCCGACCGAGAGACCAAACGAUCGAUUUGUUCAUGGAUUUGCAGAUUUUGGAUCUGCGUUCAUUGAACCUUACAUCGACAGGCCUUUUACCCCGCCUGAGAUUGCAACAAUAAGUAUUCAUGACAACAAGCCUCCAGACAGAUAUGCAUACAAUAGCCACGUGAGUAAGAUAAUUCCAGAAAAAUACAAGCAUAGCUUGCAACGCCACAAACCCACACAUCAGACAUAUUCUACCAAGUCUUCAAGUCAACACAUCAAGUCUUACAGACCAACUGCUGCUACCCCUUCCCACCUGUACGACAGAUACACCGACACAACGCGUCUAGAACACGUUCAAAACCUCGUGCAUUUGAGAAAUGUACAUUCACUUGCACAAUCAACAAAUUUACGGAGAAAAAUACCUUACGGUUACACGAGAGAUGGGAAGAAAUACUGGGGCACAUUCGCCUCAGACGAUAACACGGAUGACAAAAGCCGUCGAACUUGGACUGCACACGCCAUCGUAACAGACCAGGAAGGUCAGGAAAACAUCCUGAUAGAGCGAGGAGUGCGGUAUAAAGGUCCAAAUCCUUCACUUUAUUCCAGCAAGAGCAGAUACAAUGCGAUCGAAAUUGACGCUAAAACGCCAGAGCCAGUGAAAGAUCGAACUUCUUACUGGGACGUCAAAACAUCAGAAAGUCCACUCACUGAAACGCCUAUUAAUACAUUACUGAAGCCAAACAAAUUAAAAGAUGUUUUUCCAAAAAGUAACCUUAGCAAAAAACUCGAAGGGAGAAAAGUAGAGCCACAAGAAGAACGAACGCUAUUACGACCAUUCCCUAAUCCCGUCACGUUCAGAACGAAAGUCACGGCGAAUGUCGGCGUUGAACCAGGCUUCCCUCAAAUUGCUUUGGCGACAAUAGAAGAACCGGCUUUCAGUAUCAACCACUUACUAAGUCAAGGCUUUGUAAUUGCUCCGCAGUCUACGCCUCAGAAUUUUCAACCCCUCAUAUCGCCUCCAUUAAAUAGUGCCUUUGGUAGUAGCUACACUUCAGCCAUCUCUACCACCGCACAAAACGAGCUGGAUGCCGUGUUGCCGCAACCAAAUCCUCCUUUAUGGGUAGGAUCAACUGCCCCAACGCAAGACUCAUCGUACAGCUACGUUAGCGCAUCGUACGGAACUCCACCCACUGGAUCUCCUUCUUACGCAACACCUUCCAACACACCAUCCUCAUACGGGGGUAGUUCCUCAGGCAUGGAUAACUCAAGCGGACCAGGGUAUCCAUCAGGAGGUGGGAACUACAGCGGGACAGGGUCCUACGGGCGUCCUGUUCCAGGAACGAAUAAUUCGUAUGGAGGUUACGGAGUGCCCAACGGUCCAGACAGGGUGUCGCAAAUUGUACGACUGCUUCAGGAGCUCAUGAGGAGCUUCUCUGGCUGGACAGUUUUCACACUGGAGAAGUUGUUUCGUCUGCUCAAGGAUAACGCGGAGCCACCAGGCGCAGAUAUCCCCUGCACGGACAGGCGCGGCAUCGCUGGCGUGUGUAUGACAAGCGAUGUGUGCCGUAACAUGGGCGGCACACCUACUGAUGAAGGCUGCACCAGCACCACCAUGUGCUGCAUCCGUGAGUUUAAAACCCAGUGUAUUAUUCAUGCAUUGAUGGCGUGUGUACAACAAGCGAUUUGUGCCGUAACAUGGGCGGUACACCUACUGAUGAGGGCUGCACCAGCACCACCAUGUGCUGCAUCCGUGAGUUUAAAACCCACUUUAAUAUUCACAACAGCCCAGCAGCCAGCAACUGCAAGCAGCGCUACCUGCAUCAUCAAAGUUAACAAACUACAUCGCAACAUCUGCUCACUUAGGCUGGACUUCAUCAAGUUUGAGCUUGCACCUCCCGAGGACGGCGUAUGUCAGAAAGAUCGCCUGGCUGUGUACGGACAGAACCUCAACAGCGGCAUACCCUACCUCUGCGGCCUCAACACAGGCCAACACAUUUACAUAGAUGUGGACACCGUGCCAGGGCCGCUGGAGCUUCACGUCGUGUCAUCGGGAGAUUUUGCACGACAGUGGCAAAUACAAAUAGCUCAGAUCGAGUGUGACAACCCGAGCAGACCGACGACCAAUUGUCUUCAAUAUUUCACGGGAACAAUGAACAACAUAACCAGCUUCAAUUACAGGACAGACGGAGAGACGACGUAUACGAACUUUCAGAAUUAUGCAAUGUGUAUGCGCAAGGAGCGCGGAUUCUGUAGCAUCCAAUACAGCAACAAUCCUCCGGCAAGAGUGCAAGCGGCCUUCGAUAUCGUCAACAUGGCAACCCUAUCAGACGGAACCGAAGUGCCGACGGUUAACGAAGGAGAAGCAGGCGUUGGUAUCCAGCAAUGUCCGCAAGACUAUUUGGAGUUAAGCGGCACGAGACUUUGUGGCAUGAUCCUCAACGACGGCUCCAAGGACCCUAAGUUUACCAACAACGCGCCUGUCACCGAUAACACAAAUGGACCUUUCUUUGCAAGAUUUGUGAGUGAUGGUAAGCAUGUUGGUCGUGGCUUCAACUUACAAUACCAGCAAAUACCCUGCUAAAACCAUCUUGUGACAUAAUCAAGCCCAAUGCAGAUUACUAUCAUUGGAUUAUGAUAUUUUCAUUUCUUACAUGCAUUCACUAUUAAAAACAAUCCACUAUAAAUAAAUGAUAAUCCUUCAAUCUGAUUUUUGUGAUUCCAUUCAAUUAAAGAAGGCUUUUUUCUCAUACAUACAUUAUUCUUACACAAAUUUUGUACAAUUCCAAUAAAUAAAAAAUAGUCAAUUGUAAUUUUGAAAAAUCAAGCAGCUACAUUGCUAAAAACAUUAUAACAGCAAGCAACCUCAGCAACACUUGAGAAUAUGUGAAUGCAGUAUAAAAGUCUGAAUCUCUUAAUGCCAGAAACAUGAAUAAAUUCAAUUCAAACAUUGCUUAUGCAAGCAUGUGAUUGUAUAUAAUUUCUAAUAUGCUUAGGGUUUAAGUUUAUGGAGAAUAUUUGUUAUCUAUUAUUAGAUUAUGACUUUUUUAUAGCUAGCACAUACACUACUAGUAUUUUUUUAAUAUACCAUUUCAUUUA